CUCUUCGAUGGAAAGAAUCUCUACUGGCGUAGAGAGCAGGUAAUUUUCCAUGUUUUUCACAGCAUGUGAAUUGCCGUCAAGGCACAAGGCGAAGUCGGCUCUCGGUUCGCGUGCACCCAAUCAUGACGAUAAGACGGACAGGAACCGCAGCACGAACAGAUGCUUCGUCACCUGCGAGAGAAGCUUCUGCUUCUUGGCGUGGGACCUUGCUAAUGUGCGUUCGUUCGAACGCAUUCUUGGUGUCGAGAUCGAAGCGAUACAAGGAGCUUGCUUGCCGAUAUCGGGCUAAGCGGAUUGGACUUGAAAACUGUGUGUAGAAACCAACGGAACGACAGACAGCCAGACCACUGGGAUUCUAGUUCGAGAUAUUCAGGUGUCGCCCCGAAAAGCCCAAGCCAUGGGGGAAGCAGCAGAGCAGUUGCCCGACAAUGACGACAUACUCUCCAUGGUUCAAGAGCGGUGGUCCCGCCAGUCCAACGCCUCGGCCAUCUACCGCUUCCUGCUCGCGCCCGUAACCAUCGUCUCCGCCUCGAAUGGCGUGGUCGUCGGCCGUCUGACCCUGACCAAGGAUCACAUCAAUUCAAAAGGUGGGCUGCACGGCUCCGUGUCCGCCACGAUCGUCGACGCCUUCGGCGGCCUGGCCAUCUCCAGCACGGACGGGCGGGAAAAGACCGGGCCGAGCGUGGACAUCAACGUCAGCUAUCUGGGCAUGGCGGGCGAGGGCGACGUCAUUGAGAUCGAGGGCAGGGCGGAGAAGGUGGGCGGCAGCUUGGGGUUCACGGAGGUGAGGAUCAGCAAGGUUAUCGAAGGCGGUGCGAAGCAGCUUAUCGUGCUCGGGAGGCACACAAAGUACGUACGAGGGACCGGUCCGCCAAGAUGAAAAGUUUCUUGUUGAGCACCGUUUGUUUUCGGCUCGGUACCAAACGCAGUGUGCGGUUCGACUUUUUCGGCAGAAUCGUCCGGGCUCGACUAGUUGAUUUCGAAAGAUGGGUGGUUAGAAGGCAGUGGCGACACAAAAUGUAGAGCACACGUCAAUGACGAAGGUCAACAGAACAAGAUAGUAUCAAAGACUGAUUGUUGGUAUCACACAUACAUGUCUCUAUAGCUCUUUCAACCUUGAGAUGCCAUCAUACUCUUUCACGAGUACAUAUCUCCAGAAACAGGAAAAGAAAACUCAAA